AUGUCCGACAGAUCCGCCGGCCUUUCGGUCUCUCUGGUAGUGACCUUCAGCUGCAGUUUCUUUUAUCUAUCUACUUAUCUAUCUACCUAUCUAUCCCAGCACUUUUUCUUCCCUGAUGAAAAGAAGAGAAGCACAAUCUUUUCUCCUAGUCUCUUUACAUUUAGCACCUUUCUUUCUUUUUUUUCUUUCCGAUUGCUUACUUCUCUUCGUUCUUCCUGUCAUUGUAUCAAACAUUACUCUUCUGCCAGCUGCUCUUUGUAUCUAGCUGUCUAUUUAUCUAUCUCUUCAGACUUUCCCAAAGAAACCAAAUCAUUACACUUACGCAUCAAAUCGAAAUCACUGUUUCUUCAUAUCUACGCUGACUUGCUUCGGAUGGCAAGAGAUACUGAACUAUUUUUCUCCAUUUCACUGUCUUUUUCUCCGUAUCUUUCUUUUCCUUUCUGUCCAUUUACGUAUAUUUCUCAUCUUUUAACCUUUUUCUUCAUUUAUUGUAAAUUUCUAUUAUCCAGCUUUUCCAUCUUUUCUUCUGUUUUUCUUUCGUUAUCUGUACUUUCUUUCUUUCUUUUUUUCUUUUUUCAUGUUGAGCUCUAG